GCACUGGGACGUUCGGGCGGGUGCACCUGGUGAAGGAGAAGACAGCCAAGCAUUUCUUCGCUCUCAAGGUGAUGAGCAUUCCCGAUGUCAUCCGCCUGAAGCAGGAGCAGCACGUGCACAAUGAGAAGUCUGUCCUGAAGGAAGUCAGUCACCCGUUUCUCAUCAGGCUGUUCUGGACGUGGCAUGACGAGCGCUUCCUCUACAUGCUCAUGGAGUAUGUGCCGGGCGGGGAGCUCUUCAGCUACCUGCGCAACCGGGGGCGCUUCUCCAGCACCACGGGGCUCUUCUACUCUGCGGAGAUCAUCUGUGCCAUCGAGUACCUGCACUCCAAGGAGAUCGUCUACAGAGACUUGAAGCCGGAGAACAUCCUGCUGGAUAGGGAUGGCCACAUCAAGCUCACGGACUUUGGGUUCGCCAAGAAGCUGGUAGACAGGACUUGGACCCUCUGUGGAACACCCGAGUACCUGGCCCCGGAAGUCAUUCAGAGCAAGGGCCACGGAAGGGCCGUGGACUGGUGGGCCCUCGGCAUCCUGAUAUUCGAGAUGCUCUCGGGGUUUCCUCCGUUUUUUGAUGACAACCCGUUUGGCAUUUAUCAGAAAAUUCUUGCAGGCAAAAUAGAUUUCCCCAGACAUUUGGAUUUCCAUGUAAAAGACCUCAUUAAGAAACUGCUCGUGGUUGACAGAACAAGGCGAUUAGGAAACAUGAAGAACGGGGCAAAUGAUGUGAAACGCCAUCGGUGGUUCCACUCUGUGGACUGGGAAGCUGUUCCGCAGAGAAAACUGAAGCCCCCCAUCGUGCCCAAGAUAGCUGGCGACGGCGACACUUCCAACUUCGAAACUUACCCCGAGAAUGACUGGGACACAGCUGCACCCGUGCCGCAGAAGGAUUUAGAAAUCUUCAAGAAUUUCUGAGGACAGGAGCUCACAUCUGGAAGAAACAGGAAGAUUGGAAUCGGCCUGGAACAAAGAACUGCACCUAAGCAGACCAGAAGUAAAAUGUCUUCUUCACGGCAUAAGGACAUUUCCACUUUUCUGUGUACCUGUGUGUAUAGAAAUAGAUCAGAGCACAGUUGAAAUUAAUGGAACUGGCAUUAUUUAAGCAACUGGAAUUCCACACUGUAGGAAGGUUUUGAAAAUUGUUUGGUUGUAGAUUUUAUCUUAUCUUUUAGUGUUGUUGUGUGCCUACUGUGAUGUCUUGGUUUUUCUCAUAGACUUAAGUUUGUAAGUUUGAACUGGACUUGUUCGAUUAUAACCACAAAUUGUGUGUGUGUGUGUGUGUAUGCCUGUGUGUAUAUAUAGAAGUCAUUAUGGUAGAUGCACAGAAACUGUGCAGUGAUGUAAAUGUUCAUACUUCACAGAGCCUAUAAUUUUUAUUUUUCAAUUUGUUUUUUCAAAAAUCUCUUCUCGGGGACAACAUCUGAAGGGUAUGUUGCAUGCAUUAAAAAAGAUCAUCUCACAUGUAUUUUAUAGUUUGGGGGAAGAAAAUAUCAUGGGGAGGUCUACCUUCAGUAUCUUUAGUGCUUCCUACCUGGUAACUUGAGAUUUUAAAAGAAGAAACAAAGAGAAAGAAGAUAUGGGAGCGAAUUUAUUCCAAGAAUCUACAAUGACAUUGAAGUUGUUGGAGGAAUGUACUGUACUUAAAACAACCUUCUGUGACACAUUCAAAAAUUUCAUCUGAGCUGGAUGCAGUGGCUUGUUCCUAUAGUCCCAGCACUUUGGGAGGCUGAGGUGG